AAACUUGUUACUUUAUUUUAUUAUUCUUUCGUAACUAAAUAUUUUUAAACGAUAUCAUUGUUAAAAAUUUGUGAAUAUGAGAUAACAGUUGUGUUGGUUAUGAGUUAGUGUUUCCUUCGUACGUUUGUGACAUGUGAGUACGUGAAAACUCAUUGAAUGUUAUUGUCUUCUAGUGUUAAUAUUAUGCUACCGCAGAAUUGACGUGUUUUUAACAUUCUACAUCACAAAUCGGAAUGCAUCCGUACAGUGAUUUUCCUCCAGUUAACUAUUGCUGUCCAACGACCAAUAAUAUUAAAUCUAUGACUAUGGAGUCAAGACGUCAUUGGCAUCAGUUUUGGCGCCCUGACCAUUGGUAUCGCAGAGACGAAAUAUCUUUACAGCAAACCGAAAGCGAAUGGAAAAGUAAUCAAUGCAAUGCUGUACCAUCUUCAAAAAAAAAUCACAAAAAAGAAAAUUCUCUUCUGAAAUUUCUAGCACUGAACGCUUUAGAAUUAAGCGCACCAGCUAGCGAUGUGCUACUCCGAAACAACACGACCACUAAUAUAUACGGAGAAACAGAAACUCGGGUUAAGUAUCGAGAAACCACAGUGUCUCCUACACAAUCAACUGGAACAUGCAGGGCAAGUGCUCCCCAACAGCAAUCUUGGUUCCAAUUGUCUGGCCAUCCAGACUGUUUUGCGCCAGCUGGUUUAGGUACUAUCUGGAAAAAAUGUAAUGGUGGCACUGAACGGGAUGUAUACGAAGCACUAUCCAAAGAACCUAGUCUCCAAGAUAUUGUACCUAAAUACUAUAGAGAAGUCGAGUAUAAUGGUCAAACAUUCAUUGAGAUGCAAGACUUACUGUACGGUUUUAGAGAUCCAAACGUUAUGGAUAUCAAAAUGGGCACACGCACAUUUUUAGAGUCUGAGGUUCAGAAUACAACUGCUCGUAAAGAUUUAUACCUCAAGAUGAUUGCUGUUGAUCCAGAAGCGCCUAAUUCAGAAGAACGUGAACUUCAAGCUGUCACUAAAUUACGAUACAUGCAGUUUAGAGAAGAACAGAGUUCUACCUGCAGUCAUGGAUUUAGGAUAGAAGCUAUGAAGUUUCGUGGAUCUCCUCCUGUCACUGAUUUAAAAACUGUUAAAAGUAAUGAAGAAGUAAAUAAUACAUUAGCAUUGUUCCUAGGCGACCGACCGGACAUAAGGCAUCGAUUGGUUGCUAGACUGAAUGAAAUAAGGAGCAAGUUAGAUCGUUCUCAGUAUUUCAAAACUCAUGAAAUUGUGGGUAGCAGUAUUCUAAUUAUUUAUGAUGACACUAAAGUUGGGGCCUGGCUUAUAGACUUUGCAAAAACUCGACAUGUACCUGAAAAUGUUGUUCUUACACACAGACAGCCUUGGGUGCCUGGCAAUCAUGAAGAAGGUUUUUUAUUUGGUCUUGAUCAUCUCAUAGAGGCCACUGAAAAUUUACAAAUUCCAAGCGCAAUGGAUUCUUUGGCAGCAUCAAGUUCUAUUAAAGUAGAAACUUGACGAAACCCCUAAAAAAAUUCUGUUUGUAAAAAAUGUCUAGUCAACAAUUAUUAUUAUUUCCUUCUUAUUAUCCGGGCAUGUGCUUAUGAUUUUACAAAUAUUAAUUUUUGCAUGUUUAGUAUUUUAUCUUAAUUAUAAAAUUAACAUAAAGUCUACCUGGUCUCUUUUAUUUUAUUUUUUUAUACUUUACUAAAAAAUAAAUAAUUUUACUUGAUGACUGAUUUUGUCCAAUAUAUUAAAUCCUGUUACCAUAAAUAAUAUGGCGUACUACAGAUGAAUUAGGCUAGCCUAUUAAUGUAUUCUAAAAUUAUAUAAAAAUAACAUUUCUUACAGUAUUAAAAUUUUGUAAAAUACUCAUUUAAUUAAUUUAAUUGUAAUUGCUUUGUUUUAUAGUAUAAAUCAUUAUUUAUAUGAUUUUUUUGUUUUAACAUAAAAUACUGUUAUUUACUAGAUAUUAUGCAAAUUUAGAAAUUAUUUUAAUUAAGAAAUUAUAUUGAAUGCAGAAUAAUUUAUUAGAAUGUCGCACCAAGUGUGGAAUUCAUUUACUUGUACCCUCUGCUUGUGAUCUAAAUUUUUAUCUUUUUCUUUGUAAAAAAUAAGUCAAUUAUAUUAAUUUAUGUACAAAAUUGUAUAAAGAAAAAGAUCUUUGAAGAUCGUGUACUUAAAACUAUAACACCAUUUUUAUUUAUAUUAUAUUUUUUAAUUGGUAAUUUUUGCAUGUAAUAAAAAAUUAUAAUUUUUUACUAUAAACAAUA